AUGGCGAGGACGGUACAGAAGCUGCAGCUCCUUGCAGGAACUGCAAUGGCCUCGUCUUUGGCAGUGCCUAUUGUGUAUGCAGUAGGAAACGCAGAGGAUAAGAUGAAAAUUAUAGACCUUCCAAUAUAUGAUCCACUGCCAGCCAAAGAAAAAUACGAGUUUGUACCAAGUGAACCAAAUACAUUGGAAAAGGGCAUUGGAUCAGUUCGCAAAUUUGUUAUAGAAUACAAAGAAUCCAUUGAGGGUGUUGUUGAUAAAGUCACCCACAAAUGGGAAGUGUCCAAGGCCCACACAAUGAGUUUAAUUGAUUAUAUCCAAAAUGAUCCCAAUGUCUUACCACGUCUCGGAGUUAUCACAGUUGCUGGUUUGGGAGGAGUUGUGGCUGGAUAUAAACGUGGUUUUGGCAGGAAGUUGACCUACAGUGCCAUUGGUCUAACAUCUGCUGCUUGCUUGUGUUACCCAAAUGAAGUUUCAAAGGCUACUAAAUUUUCUGCUGGAGUUGUAGCCAACCAAAGCAAAAAGUUGUGGCAUUCAAUCACGACCCCAAGUGUUGCUGAACCAGAAUUACCAAAAACUGAAGAAAAGCCAGUUUCUGACCCCGUGAAAAAAGUAACACUCAAGCCACAAGCCGAUCCACCGAAAGACUUUGGUCAAAGUUCCAAAGAGGAUGAUGAUCUCUAUACCACCCGAGGCUGA